AUUUGUUCCAUACUGUUUAGUACAGUAGUAUAAAUAUUCCUCCAUACUGUUUAGUAAAGUAAUAUAAAUAUCUUUAUUUCUCCAUACUGUUUAGUACAGUAGUAUGCUGUAGGGUACUUAUAGUAGUGUAUAUUUGUCCAUACUGUUUAGUAAAGUAGUAUGCUGUAGUGUACUUAUAGUAGUGUAUAUUUGUCCAUACUGUUUAGUACAGUAGUAUAAAUAUCUUUAUUCCUCCAUACUGUUUAGUUUGCUAGUAUGCAGCAGUGCCCAUAUGGAUUGGUACUGUUUUCUUACAUACUAUUCACGCUUUCUGACGCCCGCUAGUUUCCUGCCUGCGUCAUCACUAACGUGAAGCUAACAGCCUCCUGUCAGAGUGCCGCUGUGUGCACAGUGCUUGAGGAGCAACAAUGGCGAGCUGAACGAUUUUUUACGAAAUACUGCUACAUGCCUGGCCUUGUAGCUGUUUCGUGACAACAUUAUUUAUGAAGCUGGGCAACGAGGGGAAAAGGCUAAAUCGUCCUGUUUAGCCUUUCCCAGCUAUGCUAACUGUGUGACUUAGUAGGUUGCUAGCCUGACGCUAACAAUGCACGAGCGAAAAUCCUGAACGUCAGAAAGCGGCGCAGCGCCUGAAUCCCGGCUGUAACACCAUGAAUUUUGUCCGGCUCGUGUCCCGCCACAAGACUGCCCUGGUGCUCGGUGUCCUCUGCCUCUUUGCCACCAUCCUCCUCUUCCUCGCCAAAUGCACCUCGGAGACGUUGAAACCUCCUGACUCGCCUGGCUCUGCGCCACGCGCCCAACCCCGACCUGAGCGUCCGGCUUCACCUUCUGACACUAAGGAGAUCUCGGCUUUCCUGGUGGUCCUCGUCACCACGGGUCCAAAAUACACCGAGCGGCGCAGCAUCAUCCGCAGCACCUGGCUCUCCAAAACCGACCCUGAUGUGCUUGCUUUGUUCGCGAUAGGCACCGAGGGCUUGCCGUCUGAGGACAUGCGGAAUCUAGAGACGGAGCAGACGCGCCACGGAGACCUCCUCCUCUUACCCGAUCUCCGUGACUCCUACGAGAACCUGACGCUGAAGCUGAUUCGUGCCUACUCGUGGCUCGAUCAGAAACUGGACUUCAAGUUCGUCCUGAAGGCUGACGAUGAUACGUUCGCCCGUUUGGACUUGCUCAAGGAGGAGCUGAAGAGUAAGGACCGCAGACGCCUUUACUGGGGCUUUUUCUCAGGCCGAGGCCGCGUGAAAACGGCCGGGAAGUGGAAAGAGAGCACCUGGGAGUUAUGUGACUAUUACAUACCGUACGCUUUAGGUGGUGGCUACGUGCUCUCCGCUGACCUAGUGCGCUACGUGCGCUUGAACUCCGCUUACCUGAAGACGUGGCAGAGCGAGGACGUCUCUCUGGGCGCCUGGCUUGCGCCCGUCGACGUCAAACGGUUGCAUGACCCGCGCUUCGAUACCGAGUACAAAUCGAGGGGGUGCAGCAAUAAGUAUUUGGUCACGCACAAGCAGAGUCUGGAGGACAUGCUCGAGAAGCACCAGACGCUGCAGAGGGACGGACGUCUGUGCAAGGAAGAGGUGAAGCUGCGCCUGUCGUAUAUUUACGACUGGAGCGUUCCGCCGUCGCAGUGCUGCCAGCGCAAAGACGGUAUCCCUUGA